CUAGAAAGUAGGUGGCAGGCAGCUUGGGUAAUGAUGGGGGAAGGAGAUGGGGUCCGAAGCGGGGGCGUGAUGGAAGUUGAUGGCACUCAGACCGAACCAAAUCUCUGUAAUUCAAGUUGUGUUGGGUUUCCUACCCUCGACUUGUCCUAUCAGCGAGGGGUGAGGUAUACUUACAGAUAUAGCACGACAAUUACCACAACCCUUCACGGCUCCAAUGCCGGCAGGACUGGACUGGCUUUGGACUGCGUGGUUGAUAUUGACGUGGUUUCAAAGUGUCACCUAAUGAUGCAGAUUAGGAACCCUCAGAUAAAGCGUCUUUCUCCUCAGAAGGAACACUCUGUGCAACGUUUAAAGAGCUUAAGAGAGUCACUGGAGAGGACGCGCCUCAAGUUCUCCCUCCAGGAGGGAAAGGUCACGGCCCUCUGUCUCCAGGAGGGAGAGCAGGUGUGGGCCCUAAACAUUAAAAGGGCCCUACUGAGCAUGCUCCAGACCUCCCGCAUGGCCUCCAAACAGGAAAUGGAAAAGGAGACCGAUGUUUAUGGAACGUGCACCAGCAGGUACGAAAGGAGAGGACCUGUACUGCUGAAGACCAGGGAUGUGAAACAGUGCCAAGAGUCCAGGCUGGCAAAUUUCUGGCCCCAUUCAGUGUCUUUAACUGAAGAUACAUCAGUGCAAAUGGAGCUGCACUGUGUUCAGAGGCAUGGAUCUACAGUGAUGGAAGAGGUCAACUGUACUGAAGCUGUAUCCAUGGCAACGUGGUCCAGGGCAGCGGGGGUGGUAAAAACCAAAACGGUGUCUACCUUGCUCCUGCUCAGAGCCCAACCGGGGGCUCCUUUGGGAGCAGAGUCCUUAAACCUCGGUGUGCUGGCUGACCUGCAGUUUGAGGAUGAGGGGCCUGCAAGGCCAGGAAAAGCCAGAGCAUGGACACCUCAGCAAGCCAGUGUAACUGUCAGGCUGUUAUGUAGCCUCACCUCAGACCCACAACUGGUAUCACAAAAGUUUCUUGAACUGGCUUUCCAGCUGAGAGAUCUGACUCUUUCUCAACUCAAGACACUUUGGCAAGAAUCGUCUUUCAAGUGUCGCAAUGACUGGCAACCUUUGUUGGAGGCUUUACCGGCCUGUGGAUCUGAAAACUGCAUCGUACUACUGACAGAGCUGAUGAGGAGCAAAGAGCUUGAGGAGGAGCAGACUUGGGCUCUUCUCACCACCAUAGCCCUCCUGCCUCAUCCAUCACCAAAGAUCAUCCACUCCCUUAACGCCCUACUGGAUGACCCCCAAGUGUGGGCAAAGGCACUGUUAGCUGGAUCAUCUCUGGUUUAUCAACUGUGCCAAAGGUCUCAAGGCUCUUGUAGUAAACUUCCUCAAGUAAAGUCCUUCAUAGAGACACUGGAGGAAACCCUGAAGGAAGGCUGCAAGGGACAUCAAAUUACUCGAGUCAAGCUUCUUUAUACACUGAAAUCAGUGGGAAACGCUGGUGUGUCUGCGGCAACCUUCAUUCCUCUGCUUAAGUACUUCCUGCUCGGCUCCUCCACUGCACUGGAGCUGAGACUCGCUGCCACUCAAGCCUUCAGACGCUUUCCCUGCUCAGCUGAUAGAUCCGUGCUGUUGCAGCUGUACCGGUCCUCCCAGGAGGAUCCCGAGGUCAGAAUCGCUGCAUACCAGCAGCUCAUGCGCUGCUCCGAUACGAACGUGUUUGAAGUGGUAAAGAUGACGCUGAGGAACGAGACAUCCAGCCAAGUGGGAUCAUAUGUGUGGAGUCACCUGACCAAUGUCCUCAGCAGCGAGGAUCCCAUGAAGCAGGCCCUAAUCAAUUCACUGCCUGACGACAUUAUCAGCAGAGACUUUGAAGCUGAGUUUUUGAAAUACUCUUCCUAUUCAGACCACACAGUUUCAUCAGGAAUGGGAAUUACAAAUGUGGAAACAUCUUUGGUUUUCUCUCCCAAAUCAUUUCUUCCGAGAUCCGCCUCUGCCCGCCUGACUCUGUAUUUUCACGGCAGAGCCCACAACCUUCUGGAGGUGGACCUUCAUGUUGAAAACGCUGAACCACUUUUGAAGAGUGUUUUCGGUCACCAGAACUUCAACUCCGGCACAGAGUCUGCGACUCAAAGUCAAAAGACGCAGCCUAAAGCGACGAGGACCAGAAGGCAAACAGACGAUGAGCAUGGAGCAGAAAAAGAAAAGUGUUUAUCUGGCACCAACAGUUAUCUGAGCCAGGCGAGGGCCAUGUUGUUUGGGAGGAGGAGGAGAGAGGAGAACAGGCCCACCUGUUGGGUCGGUGUGAAGGUGUUUGGCAACGAGCUCAGCGUGUUCACGUGUGAAGAUCUCUACGGUCAGAUUGACCAGCUGGCGCUGAGCGUGGCAGGACUGGCUGUCAAACUGCUCAAGGGUCAGGAGGUUCAGCUGGACCACAGGGCCGCACUGAUGACAGACGAGCUGGUUUUACCGUCUCUGUCUGGUUUGCCCGUCAAACUGAGCAUCAACGCCACCUCCCUCCUGUCGCUGCGUCUGAAGGGCAACUUCAACUACAGGGACACUUCUCACUUCUCCCUGACUGGAUACAUCAAACCCAGUGCCUACGUGGGGCUGUCGGCCAUGAUGGGGGUGGACGGUGCUUUGGGUCAAGCCGCGGUGGUCUGGGUUUCUGAGCUGAAGAGCUCCACCAGUCUGGAUGGCAGCAUCCAGCUGCAGGAGGGGCAGGAUGCCAGGGUGACACUUAACACACCGCAGGAUGUCAUGGACAUCUUCUCCCUAAGCUCCAAAGUGUUUCAGAUCAGUGGAGACCACCGAGAAGAGAUAAAGGGGCCCAAGAGUCAAGUUCAGAAGACCACCUGCACGCCAAAAACCUUGUCCAAGAUGGUGGGCUGGCAGCUGUGCUCCAAUGCCUCGUACCCAUCACCGGCCACAGGUUUUUCACUUCCUGCUCCAGGACCGGUCCACCUCUCCCUCAGGCUGCUGAAGCUGGACAGAGGCCUCCAUUACUACCUGCUGGAGGCCGCUUACUCGCUGCUCCCUCAGAGGGGCAGCUGGCUCCCCAAAGAGGCCUCCAUCCACCUCCUCCUGGCCACACCUCAGUCCUCCAUUCCCAGGGACAUGUCCGUGGACCUCACCUUCAACCCUCACAGACUGUUGUUGAGGAUCACCCAUCCGCUGAAAAUCAUCCAAUUACAGGGGCAACUUGAGCAGGAGAGGACCAUAAAGUCAGGAAAGCUGGAGCUGUUGAUUGAUGGGUCUCAUUAUUAUGUCAUGGGUUUGGUCGACACUCAGACCCUCCUGUCAGAGCAGAGAACGCGUUUUCAUCUUGAAGCCAAAGUGGCCGCUGAUGGACAUCCCAUGAUCCUCUCUGCUAAUGUCACCCGUGGACUGGGCAGGAAGACCCGGUUCUCCGCCACUGUAAAGAACGUGUUCAGAGAAACAGCGUCAAUGUCAGUGGCCCUAGAGCGCAGACGGGACGCCAGCAGCAGGCAGCACUCUGUGGAGGCCGACAUCCUGAUACCCGAUGUGGUCGGCACCAGGAUGCUGGGACUGAUGGAGCGGAAAGGCUCCCUGUGGAGCUCCGCUCUCAGGCUCAAAUACGGUCUAGGAGGUGAUGCCAGGCACCUGCGUCACGAGUGUUACGCGUCUCAGAGACUGAAGAGUGAGAGAGACUCAAACCUGACCCUCACCCUAAGAGCAGAUCAUGAAUUCUACUGCUCCAACACAGGUCCUAUCAACCACAAGGUCCACCUUAGGCACGAGGAAGGCCGCGGACACAUUAAAUCCUCCCUGGACAUGAGCUACGGCAAACACUGGGAUGAGAUCAACAAUAAGCGUACAAUUCUAUUAAGUCAGUCAUUCAGAAACCAAUCCACACAAAAUCACACCAGCUACACGCUGGAGUUCGGUCUCCAAGUGCCAGAGAAGAACUUAAACUACAGGACUCAGCUUCUGCACUCGCACGUGAGACAACUCUGGUCUGAGAGCAGCACUCACCUCAAAAUCCACUACAACAACGUGAUGCCACUGGUGGCUGGGUUACACUGGAAAAGACCCCCAAAAGACGCUCCGCAGAAACAAUGGGAAGGUACUUUUAACAUGGACACACCGUGGCUGUACGUCUAUACUGUCCACAAACUGAGCCAGCACCAGCGCCACACGCUCCAGCUCACCUCGGAGCUCACCGCCAACAGGUGGCUGGUCAUCCGUGACCUCCGGCUGGAGGGUUUCUACAGGGACAGGGGCCGAGAGAGGGAGGCCCGUCUACAGCUCUCCACGCAAGCUGUCACCUACAUCCAAGCAGCAGGGCGGUGCUCAGUGGGGAGGCAAAGUGUGGGGGCCUCCGGCUCAUUGAGGUCCUUGUGGACGCCACCCUUGAGGGGAGACGUCUCCCUGGAGACCUCCAAGUUCAGCCACACGCUGCAGAUGGCCUCCACCUAUGGCAAGCACAACGCCAGCCUCACCGCGGCCCUCAACACUUUGGAUAAGAGUUUGAAAAGGAGGCAAGCGAUACUGAAGAUGACCUUCUCCAAGCCAAAGGGUCCGGCAACAGAGCUGCAGUUUGAGGGACUGGUAGAGGAGCUGAGGAAGGACAUGAAGAUGUAUCAGAAAACAGCAAUGCUCCAGCUCAGACAGCCCUUCCAGACCUUUCCCCAGACUCUGCUCCUGCGGGAGACUUUCACCGUCGACCUCGUCCAAGGCCUUUACAUACUGGAGUCGAAAGGUGGUUUCUACGGCAACAGGGAGGUCGUCCACACCCUCACCCUCGGCUACCAGCCACAGAGCCCUUUUCUUUGUUCGGCGCUUGUCCAUCCUUUCAGCUCUGACACUGUUCCGUCAGACUCAGAAGCCUGUGUGAUGAUAACCAGCAACCAGACCCAGAAAGACAUUCAAGGGAGGCUGCGCGUUGGCAGCAAGGAGAAGCUGACUUUCUUCGGGCGAGUUCAGUUAAACCCUUUACACUCAAGUCACCAAGUGAUAACAGUCAAAGCAAACUUCACCCAUCAGCUCCAGCUGCAGUUCCCUUACGCCGCUAUAGUGGAGGGAAAUGUCUCUUGGAUCGCCAAAAGCAACAGUGACUUUGAUUAUCAAGCCAAAGGGAAACUGAGAAUAGAGCGUCAGGAAAGCCAACUUUCUGUGCAACUAAAUGGUACUUCGGGAAGAAUCGGACUUUAUUCCUCUCUCAGCCACCCUUUCAAGUCAAAGGUUCCAAAAACAUUAGAGGCAAAGGCCACUGCAGACCUUUUUGCAGCGGCCGGUACAGGAAGUAGCUCAGUACACGUGAGGGCUGAUGGGAAGGACACAGUGAAGCUAAACGCCCAGAUGUCCCACACCUUCCAGGGGGGAGACAGAGCUGUGGGACUGAAGGUGAACGUAUCCCAGAGCCUGCUGCCUUCUGCCACUGACAUGCACGUAAACAUGGCCGCCAACAUGUCACCAGACAGAGUGUCUCUGCAGGGCUCCUAUGCACAUGGGCGGGAGGCUUUGCUGGUUCAGCUCAGAGGGUCUCUCAAAGACACCGGUGGUCUCCAGCUGGCUGUGUCCGGGGACCUGAGGCACUCCAUGGCCCAUCUCGCUGCUUUGCCUCCAGUCCUGGGGUUGGACGGCGUGCUGGGACAGUCCGACACCCUCGUGGAAGGGCAGCUGAGAGUUAGAGUGAUGGAGACCUUGUACAAAGUGGAGCUGAGACAUCAGGAAGCAGCCGGAGAUGCUUCGGACAGCGAGGAGGAAGAGAGCACGACGGGAAAUAUACCCCAUGUAGCCCGUGAUUGGUUGUGUGUUUGGUUAGGGGCGGAGCACUUUUGCGUGAAUGCGAGCCGACGACUGGCGGGUGGAGGGAGGGGUGAGGUCAACACCAGCCUAUCUCACGCCCUCCGCCUCCUCAAUGCAACAGGUAUAUAUGACAGCAGUAAGGUGCAGGUCCGGUGGGCCCAGGAUGGCGAACGACUGUCGGUGCUUGCAGAACUGCAGGCUGGACCAGAACGUCUAAAAGCUGAGUUUGAUGGAGGAAAGACACACCUUGUUCCCCUCCGAUGGGAGUAUUUCUCCAAGCUGCAGAAUCAAGUACAGGCCCUGCUGAAAAGCGGUGUAUCAAGCUCCAUAGAAGCCAAAGCACAUUUCCAGUUAGAAGCAGGCGGUCUAGACACAAGCCUGGUUCUUGACAUGGAAGACGAGAGAAUGGCGGACAUCCUUUUUAACAUUGGCUCCCAAAACAGCACAGCUAUAUUAGUGGUGUCUCUAUGGCAACAGAUACAGCAGCUCAAGGGAGUCAUACCAACCUCUUUACAGAUGAACUGCACAGGGGAGGGCACCGCAGACCGACUCUCAACCCAGUGUUAUGGAAACGUGGCAGGUCGCCCUGUGGAGACUCUCCUGCCGUCGCAGACUUCAGACAACAUCACCAUCACUCGUUCUGGCUGCUCCACUCAUCUCAGAACCAUUCUCCUGACUGAGGGGCAACAGAAAGGCAGCCUCAGUGUGCAUCUAACCUGUCAUCCCCACCUUGGUCUGAAAGCAUCUGUACAGCACUCUAUAGACGCAGUGCAGAUGCUGGGAUUUCCGGCCCAUGGAGCGAUACUCUUGAAUGUUUCAACUGCACAUCUCCCUGGUGUGGAGCUGGGCCUGGAGCUGGGACGUUGUUAUUUUAGGGGCAAUUUGGGGGAAAUGGAUGCUUCAUACAUGGAGGAGCAGUCGUCUUAUGCUGUGAACUUGACAAACGACUGUCCUGCGCUACAGGGAACGCUCCUCCCAGCGUCGCUGGCUCUGCAGGGCCUCCUGUCAGUCGCACCCUGCCUGCGCACCGUGACCUCCUCUCUGAGGGCCGACGGCCGGGACGUCUCCCUGGAGCUGAGUCAGUCCUGCAGUCCUCCGCGUUUCUCCGGGACCCUCACACACUCCUUCAUCGGCCCGAGGAGUGGAGGUGUGCCCCAGAGGAUCACCGUGGAGGCCACUGCUCCUCGUGGCCCUGAGCAAGCCGGGUCCCUGUUCGUUAGGGCCGGGUCGUGUUACGUCCGGGUCAAUAGAGACGAAAAGACCAACGGAAGGACACAGUGGCUCUGGGCUCUGGAGUCAAAGUGCCCGAUCUUACAGGCCCAUUUGAACGGCUCGGUCUGGCAGGACCCCCUCGGCGUCUGGACGGCGACGGUGGACACCAAUCUGGGGGGCAAAAUGGCUUUCCUGAGGCUAAAUGCAAGCGCCCGGCCGGAGCUGAGUGUGGAGGGCGAGCUCAUUCACAAUCUUCUCCAUCAUUUGCCAGAGCGCAGCAGACUGAAAGUCACCUGUAGGGGCGGAAAACAUCGAUAUGGGACUGAAGCUGUCAUUCAGAUGGAGGAGUGCGCUGUUGGAGCCAGCGCAGCGCUGAUGUCACAACCAGCCCUGCAGGGGUCGCUGGUGUAUCACAACAACUGUACAGUGAUUCAGGGAUGGGGUGGUCCGGACAAGAUGGAGUCCUCUGUGUUGUUGGUUGUCUCACCGACUCAUGCAGCAUCUCAGGUCUCCGUGGUGACGGAUGCAACAGAGUUAAAGGCUUCACUGGCUCUUGGGAAAACUAAGGAUAAAAAUGAAGCAUUGCUUAAUGUAAACCACUCUGUGCCCCUGUUGGAAAAGCUGGGUCUCCCUGUUAAUAUGGCGGUAAUGAUGAAUUCUGGGAGCCAUGGCAACGGCUCAUACUAUUAUCAAGUACACAGCAAUGCAGGAAACCAAAAGAUAACUCAAGAGAUUUCGGUUUCCAAGAUGUCUGAAACGGUCAGAGUGAAGAGUCAUUUUAAACACACAGUGAACUUUCUGGAGAAACUCGGAGUCCCUGCAAACAACAGCAUCCAGGUAGAGCUCGGCUCUGUCCAGGGGAAGACCUUGACAUUACAGUCCCAGUUUGGAGGACAGCAGGCAGGGAUGAGCCUUGAGAUGAAAUGCCUGCCAAUCACCAAAGAGGUAAGAGGAGCCAUGUGGCACACCUGGUCGUGGCUACAGGACAGAGGACUGCCACUUCAUAUGGAGGGCCUUUGUUCCAUCCGGGGAGUGUUUUCUGAGCAUCAGUCCCGAGUUGAGCUCACUGUGGACGGACACAACCUGCUCUCCUCCGGUCUGAAUGUGUCUUUGGCCCGUGGGCGUCUCGGCCUGCUGUUGUCCUACUCUCCACCAGCUUCCAAUCAAACAGGGAUGCAGCAACGCCUGGACAGCUCCCUAACUGCUCAGUUCAAAGGUCCUCUUCGGAGCGCCUCGGUCGACAUCCACUGUCACGACUGGAGAGUCCGAGUUGUGUGGGACGUAGGAGGGUGGGGCGCGCAUAGAGGGUCCAAGGAGGCCAGAGUCACACUAAAACACUUUGAACAGGGGUUAACUAACCCUGCUUUACAGGUCGAGGCCUGGGGAAGACUUACCGAGUCACAGCUGAGGUGCUCCAUGGCUGUGAACCCUGAACUCAGCUCCUCACUGGCGCUUAUCAUUCAGGGACAUCACCUGGCUCAUAGCACGGACCUGGUGGUGAAGGUGGUCCACUCUAUUCCCGGGAUGUUGGUUCACCUGCCUUCUCAGCUCAAUGUCCACUCCCAGCUGAACCAGAGUCAGUCCAGCGUGGCGGGUUUGAUGGAGGUGUCGACAGGGAGGCGAAGGCUGUGGGCUGUGGGGGAGCUAGCAGCGAUAGAGAGCGGAUACAGACAGGCUCUAGAGCUCAAACACUCAUACCCACAGUUGAAGCCGCUCCCCCGGGCUGUCGCAGUCAGGACGGUGUACGAGGCCAGGAACUGGAGCCAGCAGGUUCAACAUGGGGCUGUGUGGGGAGGCCAGGAGUUCAUCUUGUCUGGUCUCUAUUCUUCACCUCCAGCACUGGAGAUGGGGAACCAGACCCUGAAGGUUCAGAUCAACUGCGUCCCCCUUUGGACUGGUUUGGAGGUGACUCUUGAGCGUUCCUUACGUGGCCGACUUGACAGUGUUUUACUGGACUGGACGAGGCAUGGCCGGCUGCAGCAGGUCAAAGCUGUGAGCUGGUGGAGCCGAUCAGAGGAGACGAAUGAGACCAAACUGGAGCUGAAACAGCCUUUCUCCUCCACACUGAGCCAGACGUCCUUUCACACACUGUCACACAGCUCACAGAGGGAACAGCGCAGCAGCCACCAGACCCAUCUGUCAUGGGACAGCGCAGGCACCGUCAACAUCACCCUGAACAAACAGUGGCAGAACCACUCCAGCAGGGGGCAGGCAUGUGCUCUGUUCUCCUCACAGAUGGGAGUCUCCUUAGUUAAAGGCUGUGUGUCAGCGGGUCAGGAGGGAAACCUGUACACACAGAAUGCAGAGCUAAGAUGGAACAACAGGAGCGUCAGGCAAGGCCUGAAGUACCAGAGGGGUCAACAAGGAAUGCACAGCCUUCAGGUCAAUGUCGGCCUGGACAGAGUCUCUGCUGCACCCUGUCCGUCACACACACUCCUGACCAAGCUUCAGACCAACCUGCGGGACCGCUUGGAGCACACAGUGUUGCUGGGCCUCUGCCCCCCGCAGCCCACUUUGUCGUGGUCAGGAUCUCACAGAGUGAACUCCGGGGAGGAGCUGCUUUACACGCAGUCUCGUCUCUCGGUGACGGGACGGCCCCACCAGUGCAGCCUCACCUUGGCCUUGACCAACUCCUCUACUGCUCAGAGCUCCAACGUGUCUCUGUUCUCUGAGUCCCGGGUUGGUAAUUGGAGCAUUGAGGUGGGGGGCAGCGCCCUGUCUUGGCCCGGGCGCUCCGGUGUGCAGCUGCAGGCCACACUGGACCGCAGAGAGAAGCUCUGGCUGAACGGGACGGCGGAGGGACACUGCCUUCAGACCACAGCAGGCUACAUGAACGGUCUGACCGAGGACGUCACUGCAGUGGCGUGCGUGCGACGAAAUCUCAGUUUGACGCUGGAUGUGCAGAAAAGGGAAGGCAGCGGCAAACCUCAAACUCUGGGCCGAGUGUCCGCGGGGUCCGUCGGUCGGAGGCUGAUGCUUCGAGCCACAGGCUGCUGGGCAAGUCUAACUGCAUUGGAGGCGCGGUUUCAAUAUUUGAGCACUCAGAUGCAGGAUAAGUUGCUGAAGAGAAUCAAAACAUUACAUCAUCUCCUCUUUGAAUUCAGGCGGCAGUCCAGGGACAGCGCGUGGCUCCAGGAGCUGAGCGCCGCGGCCCUUCAGGUCACCCAGCGAGCAGAGGCUCUUCUGGAGCACAGAGGCAGAGGUCUGCUGGCCCUGUGGCAGGACGGCCCCCCGCGUCGCAUUCUGACCGACGGCCUGCCUCGCUUCCUCGCUCUGCUGCAGCACGCCUCUCUGCUGGGCCAACAGGAACUGAGGAGGCCCCUGGCCACUCUAGCAGGCGUGUACCAGGAUGUGAAGGGCCAGAGGUUGGAGGUGUUGUGGAGGGAGGCGGUUUCUUCGUGGACCGACGGGCUGGCGGAUGUCCUACCUGUGCUGCUGGAGAACCCUCAGCUCAGCUCGUUGGCUAAAGCCGCUGUUGCCACGCUCUGUGAUGCGUUGGAUGUGGCAGGACAGCACACCUACCACUGGGUGGACAGCCGGCUGGCCGUGGCUCUGUCCGGAGUCAGGAAACAACUGGCCUCUGUCUACAGAUUCUCCCCGAGCGAGUGUUCAGUGGUUGCGUCGGUGCCGCUGCCACCACUCUCCCACUCCAGGGUGUCUGAGGCCGGACUGGUCGAGAUCCUUCUGGAGGAGUGGCUCCUGAGACCCCUGCAGACCCUCGCCUUCGUCAGGCCCACGGCUGAACUUUACCGCCUCAAGAGGAAGAUCAUGGACAGCCCAUUUACGCACCGAGCGUUGUUGGUGGCGGAUCAGUUUGUCGUUACAUUUGACGGUCACCUGUAUGAGCUGCCGCGCUCCUGUCCGCUGCUCCUCGCUCAAGACGUCAGCGCCGAGCCGUCCUUCACGCUGCUGAGCGGUUCCAACGCGCGGGACCUCCUUUUGAUAGGAAUGAAUAACAGCACCAUCCACAUUCAGCACAAUGGACAGGUAAAGGCCAACUGCAGCAGCGACAGUGGAUUGUCCGUCGGAGGGAGAGGCGUUGUGCAAGUGUCCAGUCCGAACGGAGCGUCAGUGUCAUGUGACCUGUCGCUUGAGGUGUGCAGCUUCACUCUCGAUGGAUGGUUGCAUGGCACGUCAGCUGGUGUGUUGGGGACCAAUGACAAUGAGGCAGGGAAUGACUUUCUUUUGCCUGACGGGUCUCAGGCCGAAAACAUGGAGGGAUUUCUGUACGGUUGGCAGAUGGACCCGGAUUGUAUGAAACUGCAAGGUGUAACGGAGAGCAUUUCUAAAGCAACGCCAAGCCCUGUGAGCUGUAGUUUUCUGUUCUCCUCUCCUGACUCUCCGCUGAGCUCCUGUUUCAGGGUGGUGGAUCCGGUACAGUUCAGAUCUGUGUGCGAGUUGAGCUCCUCCAGAGCUCCAUGUAGGUUAGCAUCUGCUUUUGUUCAUCUCUGCCAGCACAACUACAUUCCUGUGGAGGUACCUGAUCCAUGUGUGAAGAAAUGACGGGAGGACAUUCUAAUGAGGAGCCGAGAUGUGGCGUUCAUGGGCCCAUCUGCCGAAGCUUGGCUGCUAAAAUGGACAAAUUAGACUUUUAUACCACUGUUUUUGCUACAUUACUUACAUGCUUUGGAUUGUAUUUUGUACACUACUGUAUAGUUACACAUUAUUAUACCUCAUGAAAUGUACUGCAGACAUUGUGCCUGUAAUGUGAACGUAAACAUACUAACUAUAGCAAAUAGUUUGGUUAUAAAAACAAACUCACAAACAAACUUGGAUAAUAAAGAGAUCAACAAGUAUA